AUGAAUCAUACAAGCGACAUGAAUUCCGUCUCGAACAUAGAGCGUAUUCUCCGUACGUUAUCGAAGGAAGCUCGUCGGAACUGGGCAAGGUUGGUUGACUCUAUGGACAACCUUGGAAAGCAGAUGGGUUUCUCUGACCUGUGCAACUUCAUUGCUUAUGGUCGAACGAGAGAAAUACGUAAGGAUCUCUUUGGGAGGGAAUAUAUGGUGGCCAGAGCCAUACUGAACAAUCUGUUCAAGAAAUUGAAACCGGUGCAUGACCAUGCAGAUUCACUAUCUCGUUUAUCGAUAAAUCUUUAA